ACGAUUACCUUUACAGCCUUGAGUUUACUCCAAAAUGGUAAGCUGCAACGCCUCUUGUCAUCUGAGUUGGUCGAAGAAGUUUUCAGCGAAAAAGAAAACUGCAAACAAUUUAUACUCGACAGCAGAAAGGGCCUUGAUGCAUUGGGUGUUUACACGCUUGCUUCAAAACUACCAACACUAGUUCAUGUAUUCACUCCUGGGGCUUCAACUCCUCUGUCAGUCAAGAAAUUGACCAACAUUUUGAGUCCAAUAUUAAGUGACAAUGGAUCAAACAAAAGGAGAUUGGAAGCAGCUGUGUAUGCUAAAUUUGUGAAAUACAUACGUGAAGUAGCAAGUGGGCAUAGAGGCGAUGUGACAUUGAACAGCAUACUUCAGUUCGUGACUGGGGCAGAUGAAGAACCCAUACUUGGUUAUCAGAUAAAACCAACAAUACAUUUUGCAUAUGCUGGUGUUAGUUUCUCCCAACAUCAAACACCUGUAUAAACAAAUUGAUACUCAGUAUCCCAGAGAAAAUGGAGCAGCUUCCUGAUGAUUCUAUUCUCCAUGGAUUGUUUGAUUAUGCUUUUUGUAAUUUCUUCUUU